AAAAAAGAAGAAGAAGAAGCAAAAAGGGUCUUUUCUCUCUAGCUCUCUCUCUCUCUCUCUCUAUCUCUCUCUCGCCGCCGCUCCUCGUCGACCACCAUGAGCCGCCGUCGCGCCGCUCCUCGUCCUUUCCGCAAGCAUGGCCGCGGAUUCCAACCCGACGGCAUCGACUCCGACAUCACCGCGAGCCACCGAGCUCGCCGUCCUCGACGCGAAGCCGCGCCACCCGCGGCCGAUCCGCGGACUCCACCGAGAUCGCCAUCCUCGACUCGAAGCCGCGCCGCCCGCAGCCGAUCCGCGGACUCCACUGCUGCCGUCCUCGACUCAAAGCCGCGCCACCCGCGGCCGAUCUGCCUGAAGCGCCUCCGCCGAGCUCCACCGAGCCUCGCCGCAUCCCCACCGAGGAGGUGGACCUCUCCGGCGACGACCAGCGCUUCGUCUACCACAUGCUCGCCUUCUUCGCCGCCUCCGACAGCAUCGCCUUCGGGAACCUCGCCUCCUGCUUCAUGUCUGAGGUCCAAGUCGUCAAGGCCUGCGCCUUCUACGGCUUCCAGAUCGUGAUCGAGAACAUCCACUUCGAGAUGUACUCUCUCCUCCUCGAGACCUACAUCCGCUACGCCGCUCUCGAACCGCCUGCUCCGAGGUCGUCUACUCCGAGGUCGCCUGCUCCGAGGCCGCCCGCUGCUGCUCCGAGGCCGCCUGCUCCGCACACCAGGUGUUCGAUUUAAGUCCGCAACGAGCAGAGCUUCUUUUCGGGCAGCAGUCGCUGCAUCCCGCGCACCGCCAGCGGAUCCUUGAUCCCCCACGACGAAAGAGGCCACCAAGAACACCCUCGCCUGCAACUUGCUCGUCGCGGGCAACGACGCCAAGUUGGUCGACACCUCGCCGACUCCUGUUCUGCCAAAGCCGUCCGAGCCUCACUGACUCCUGCGUCGCCGAAGCCGCGAGGUUCGGGAUCGGAGUGAUAGUGGCGCUCCUCAACGAGCUCUUUGCUGCAGCCGCGUCGUGCUCGGGCCACGUAUUUGAGUUGGUACAGAGCAUUAGGGUGGCAAAAUACUCCGCGGCCGUGGGCAACGAAGUGUUCGUGAGCCCGAUUAGCAACUUCACCGCGCUUCUUGUUUUGGCGAUGACCAACGUCCAUGCCGCGCUCGCAUGCUUCGACGACGCCGUCAUCGGCAGUGAUCAUCGUAUGUGAGGUGGUGCUAUUCGAGCACUUGUUGCAGAUGCUGCAGAAUGGCGACGAAUUGAAGCCUGACGACCUCGCCCAUCAAUUGUUGGAUGAAAUGCCCUUGGUUAAAGCCAUGUAAUUGAGCAAUAAAUUAUAAAUUUUCUUUUGUCCAA